AUGAGUGUCCAAAACAAGAAACAAAAGAGAAGUAAGGCCAAAACGGCGGUUAGUUUGGCCUCGAGGCGGCUUAUCGGUGCAGCCCACCGAGGAACAGAAUAUGAUGUGUUGAAGAGUUUAAUAAUCGAACUCAAAAAGGCGUACGAUGAUUUCUGUGUAGCAAAUGAAGAGUUUGAACUUCUCGUGUCAGAGGAAGAGAACAGUGAACUUCGUGUUGUGAACGGAGAGGAUGUUAGUGAGUAUAGAGACAAAUGUUAAACAGUGUUAUAAUGAGGCUAGGGAAGUAUUCUUGGAACAAAAGGCUGCUGAGCAAGAAAUAAACAAAAACUUAGCAGUAGAACCAGCGAGAGUUGCCUUAAAGCUAGAUUCUAGUCGAAUAAGUGAGUUAAUCGAAACAGUUGAUAUAAAUAUUAAUUCUACCAGUCCAAAUAAACGAGCAUUGCAAUUAGACAAAGAAGAAUUGCAGGCAAUGUUAAAUGUGUUGUGUGGGAAAAUCUCUGAAUUGAGUUUGAUUGGGUCUUCAAAAUCAGAGCAAGAUAUUCAGUUACUUCUUGAGAUUGAUAAGAUUAUUGCACAAGGUUUUAAACAGGUUAGAUCCAUAAAUCUGUACCUAUCUGACUGUCAAAGUUCAAUCGAAAAGACUCCACCUAUUGUAAAUCAAGUAGAUACUAUGGUUGCAUCUGCUGCACUUCUUAAUAUAGACUCCCAAAAUAGUGCAACCUCUAGUAGCCCACCUGUGACCAAUCCCAGUAUUCAAAUUGACCACACCCCUACCAGCCCCUCCAAGGAAGGGACAGUGAGUGACAUCCCCCCACCUGCAGUUACAGAGACAGAUACUACCAUCAAUGUGUCUGCACCUGAAUUUGUACCUUCAACAAUUAAUGAUCCAGUGAGUAGUUCUGUAAUCAGUGCCCAGUCCACCUAUACAAGUACCAAUCCCCAUGCCAUACCCCAAAGUGCAAGUACAUCACAGCAAACCUUUCCUAUUUUAUAUCAAUACCCAACCACCAGCACCAUGCACCACCCCCCUCCACAGAUCAAUCCAUCUUACAGUCAACACACCUCACCACUUAAGAGGCUGUCUCCAUAA